AUAACCGCACUCGGUAUCCGAUACCACACGAGUUCUCACAUGUAUUCUUCCCGCUUUAUUCCCGUACGUACCGCCGUCCACCUCGCUUUUCACCGCCACAUGUUUCGCGUUCAUUCAUUUAUCAGUACCUACGCCUGUUGCAGUUACCGUUUACGAUUCAACGUUGCGCAUUCUUCUCUUUUUCAGUUUUGCCAUUAAAUCGAUUUACGUUGUACCAUAAAAUUAUUUAUUGUUUUUAUUACAUCACAAAAGUUCGAGACGCAAGAAUUCCGUGUACCGUCGUCCAGAUUCGUCGUGUCUACAGAAAGUGCUUGAAGGUAGUAGAGUUACCAAAUACUAUACCAAUACUAUCAAUAAAAAUAUAAAAUGGUAUAGGUAUUUCAUAUUUAUCUACAGGCUUGAUUUGAGGAAGGAGGACUUGGGAGAACUGAUAAUUAUCCCAAUUAAAUUGUCAGAUGUUCUAGUAUUUGAUUUUAUAAAUAAUGGCCGACUUUGAAAUGAAGACAAAAGUUUCUUCUGAAACUUCUACCUUUUGUAAUAAUUUAUUGGAAAGUGCUGGUUCAACAAAUAUAUCCAACUCUUCUGUUGAUAAAGUAUCAACUGAUUCAUUAAGUAAUGAUCAGAAUUCAGCAAAACCAAAUUUUAUAGAAAAUAAUGGUUACACAAUUGGUGAUAUUGUUUGGGUUAAACUUGGAAGGUAUCCAUUUUGGCCUAGUAUUGUCUGUAUUGACCCAGAAUCGAAUACUUUUUUUAAAUGGUCACUCAAGGAUAAAAAGAAGUUUUCACUCCAUGUCCGAUUUUAUAAUGAUAAUGGUAGACGAAGUUGGGCAAAUAUUAUUGAAAAAUAUCGUGGAAAAGAAGAUAUACUUUCAAAAUAUCCCAAUUGUUUGUACUUUAUGAAAAACAGUAAAAAACAAUUAGAUGCAUGGAAUUUAGCUAUUAAAGAAGCUGAUAAAUGGAUUGAAGUUGAUAGAGAUGAAAGAAUGACUCAAUUUUGCAUUGCACAUAAUAUAGAGACUUUAACUCCUAUUUUAAAUAAAAAGUCUCUUGAAAAUUCUAAUGUUGUAGAGAAGAAUGCCAAAGUUAAGGAAAACCGUUAUGAAGUAUCUGAAAAAUUGGCAUUGGCUUUGAGACCAGUUAAAGGAGAGGCUCAAAAAAAGAAAUAUGUUGCUAAAAAUAAGAAGAUAACAAAAAAGCAAAAGAAAAGUUUUGAUGAUCAAGAAUCUAAUGAUGAAACCAACAAUUCAGACGAGGAGAAUGAUACUAAUGUACCACUAAUACCAUUUAAUCCAGAACGAUCAGUACCUCUUGAACUUAAACGUCGAAUAGAGAAAUUGGAACUUAAAGAAAAGAAAUAAGAUGAGACUUCUUAUCCUUGCUUCAAGUAAUUAAAUGAUUAAUGUUGAUAAAAAUGAACUAAGAAUUUAUAUUGUUUAGAAUUAAAAAUUGUAAAU